GGGAUGACCGACUCACUAGAUCUUGGUACAGUCAGGAACUUAGUGGCCACAGCAAGCAACUCAACAGCCAUCGUGGUGACAUGGAUGUCCCCAGCCCUCAAUCCUGACACAACAGCUCCAGUGGACAACUACCGGGUGACCUAUGGUAUUGCUGAUGGAGGAAGUGGAACUUCUCUCCUCACGCCUCCCAACCAACUCUUUGUCACUCUGAAUGGUCUGCAGAUGGGAACGGAAUAUGACAUCUCAGUACUAGGCAUCAACAGUGUUGGAGAUGGCCCAUCAGUCAGUGUCACUGAGUCCACCUUCAUUGGUGCUCCCAGUGCACCUGGGGAUUUCCAGGGGGGAAAGUCUUAAUCCGUUCACAAUAUCUGUCUCCUGGAGAGAAUCUGAGACCAAUGGAGGCCGUCCAAUUGUGCGAUAUGAACUCAAACUCACUGAGAUUGGAACUGUGGCUGAUAGUUCACUAGUGGUAGUAACACCUCAUGCUACACAGUUGACACACUCAUUCACAAAUCUCCAGCAAAACACCAUUUACAUGAUAAGCAUCACAGCUGUCAACAGAGAUGGUAGUACAGGGCCAGAGAUGACCAGUGAUCCAGUGGAAAUCAUUAUCACCACUCUCCCCGUGGGACCUCCGCAGAUCCCAGACAAACCCACCGUCUCCAUGAUCACCAACACCUCCGCCAGAAUCUCCUGGACUAACCCUGGUGGUUAUCGUGAGACGUACACACUGGAGAUCAGACGUAUUCUAGACUGUGGAAAUGAGACAAUUCAAAGAAUCCCAGGCAUUACAUCUGAAUCAUACGACCAGGCUGGACUGAUGCCUGUCACUACAUACGAUGCGAGGAUUCUUUCAGUUAACUUCAACGGUCCAUCGAAUUUCAGUGACGCGGCCAGGUUUAGCACUGUUGGUAUGGUGAUGGUAGGAGGAGGAGAGGGAGCCGUGGACGACACACUAGAGACCACAUCUGGUGAUACUGUCACCCUCACCUGCUCCCUGGACCAGGUGGAGAAUGACCCCGUGACCUUUACCUGGGCCAGACAAGAUGGCAGACCACUGCCCGAGGGAUCCACCCAGGCUGAUGGUGUUCUGACAAUCCCGGGGGCAAGAGUAGAGGACAGCGGUGUGUAUGUCUGCUCUGCCAGUGGCGUUCAGGGGUCAUUCACUCUCUCUGUCCAACAAUUUCCUGAACAAGCCAGUAGUGGAACUCUAUCAACUGGAGGUGCUGUGGCCAUCACGUUCACCAUCACUCUGCUAGUGUCUCUACCAGUGGGUGUGGUCAUUGGUUUGCUGCUGCCCCAGGCAGUCAGGAGAUGUGUUGGAGGAGUGAGGAGGAUGAAAAGGAGAGAGGGAGAGGAGGAUGAAGGAGACAUCUAUGAAGAGCCAGAUAAGAUGGCAACAGUCAUCCCUCUCUCACAGAAUGAGGCCUAUGUCUGUAGUCAACAGAGAAACCAAUGAUCCUUCGUUUGCUUUGUAGAGUGUGUGUUUUUCUAAACCUUUACGUAGUCUGCGUCAAGCUAGUCUCGCGU